AUGAAAAUAGAAAUUGACAUAAAGAAAGGGAUCGGCACAAAUCCUUCAGAGCUUGAAAUGCAUAAUGAUAUAGAAAUCCUUUCUACUACUAGAGACCAGUUUUACAAUGACUACAAGCUUAACAAAAUCAAAUGCUGGCACAUUCCUGGAUGCACAAUAAUUGGAAUUGAGCUAAAUUUCAUCAACCCAAGAACAGGCGAUUUAUUAUGUCCAGGCCCACAUAUAGGCUACGCUUAUGACGAAAGGGUGACUUCUGCUGAGCUAAUUCUUGGAUAUGACGAAUAUUUAACUGAGCUAAACGGCUGCGCCAAAACAACAAUUGAUUUUUUGCAUUUCCAUACUAAUAAAGGCAGAUACGCAGAGUUCGGGAAUGCUUUAGCACUAGGGGCUUUUAAAUAUAAAAUAAUUAUAUAAAUUAAAAUGGCGUAGAGAACCAGCCUGCCCUCUUAGCAUCUGCAGCUGGGGCAAACCAGGGACCUUUUGGAAGGAAGAAUGGCGCUCGGUGAUGUGUAUCCGACGUUUUUCUUGGUUUGAUGGAACGCAAUGUCGGAUUAGGCUGAACACAGCUGAUUCCAGGUCAAGGUUUUUCCUCUUGAGGAAAGUGGAUACUUGGAGUUUGAAAGAGAAAGCUCAGUAAGACACUAAGGGCCAAUUGGGCAAUUUCAAAUCACGAUACAGGAGUUAUGCAUUAGGCUGCAAGUUCUAUCUUGGUUGGCAACUCGACCAGAGAUUUUGUUUUUUCGAAUUUCUGUAAGGGCAACUCAAGUUAGGUGUGCAGCAUAGUGACCCAACCCACUAACUCUCCAGAGUGCUCGAAAGAGACGAUGGAGGCUGCUAAGCAGCCCAAGGUGGAAAAAAUACCUGCGGGCGCUUCCAGGAGCUUCUCUAUAACUUAAUUAAGCUAAAUACAAAAUACCUAGAGGGUAUUCAAUAUUUUCGCUACUUGUAGGCAUCCGAGACACUCUUAGCUAUAUAGCAGUUCAGCCUAUCCAAAUCAAAAAUAUUCCUUUGGAAUUAUCUCCAGCAUCCGAAAUGGCCCCAACAAAUAACUACCAGCCUUCGACAAUUGUAAAAUCAAAAUACUACGGAAUAGAAAAACAGUUCUCUUUGACUGUAGACGACUUUUAUGCUCUGCAGCUGCAUCCUCACAUUAAAAGAAAAACUUCGAAAAUCAUCGGAAUUAAUACGUCAGCUGGGAGAAGGAUUUAUGGGCUGGAAAUUUUAUAUUGAGGCUAAUUAAAUGGUAAAAUAGUAUUAUUCUUAUAGAUAAAUCAUUUAAAAUAGAGAAUAUAUAAUAAAAAUGAAAAAUUCGAAAGCUCAAGCUAUAAUUAUUCUAAUAGCUCGAGGUCAGAAAAAACGACGUGCUAUUCUUUGCAGAUUGAAGAAAAUGACUAUUUGGUAGGGAUAAGUGGCUAUGUGGAUGGAAAAGGACUAAGCAUGGUAGAAUUUUGUACAGCAAAUGAAAAAAGAUGAAGGUAUGGGAAAGCAAAGGGGGAAGCAUUUGUAAUACCAAAUGAAAAUAGACUUGAAAUUGUGGCGUUGAGAGGAACUUUUAUGAGCACACAGGUACUUGGGGUGAGUGCUUAUUUUGCUUAA